UUUUGUUCAGCAGCGCAGGCGUUGCCCCCUUUUGAAUGUCUGUUUGUUUCGCUUUCCCUUUUCCGUCGCGUAUACGACUCUCCUGCACGUAGAGGUCCUAGUCGAGAACGGCGCGUCGACGCACCGACGAUGCGCACCGACGAGUAGUCAAGUGGAUUGAAAGAAAAAAAAAUCAGAAAGAGACAGCAGUGUGAAACGGUUUUUCUCGGGGGUGGCCCGCACCCCCGCGCAGCACUUCCGAGUGAAAAAAAAAAAAUAAUAAGUUGAAGAGGUGAAGACAGAAGCACUGAAACUGUUAGUUUGAAUGAACAUAUAUAAUCGCUGAGAGGAUAACAUUAGUGAACCAGUAUAAAAACCAGUAAUCAUGGAGGACGCCCAUUGCAAAACCGUGGAAGAAGUAGUAAACUACUUUAAUGUCGACCCUGAUAAAGGAUUGUCUACUGAUCAAGUAAAGAGGAAUCAAGAGAAGUAUGGUCUCAAUGAAUUGCCAGCUGAGGAGGGAAAAUCCAUCUGGCAACUCGUAUUGGAACAGUUCGAUGAUCUUCUAGUUAAGAUUCUUCUAUUAGCUGCUAUUAUUUCUUUUGUAUUAGCCUUAUUUGAAGAGCACGAAGAUGCUUUUACGGCCUUCGUCGAACCUUUCGUUAUUCUGCUAAUUCUGAUCGCCAACGCUGUGGUUGGUGUCUGGCAAGAACGAAAUGCCGAAUCCGCGAUCGAGGCGCUCAAGGAGUACGAGCCGGAGAUGGGUAAAGUUGUACGUCAAGACAAGUCCGGUGUCCAGAGGAUCCGGGCCAAAGAGAUCGUGCCCGGUGACAUCGUAGAGGUGUCGGUCGGCGACAAAAUUCCGGCCGAUAUUCGUCUCAGCAAGAUCUUCUCGACUACUCUUAGGAUCGAUCAGUCCAUCUUGACUGGCGAAUCGGUGUCUGUGAUCAAGCACACUGACCCCGUGCCCGACCCACGUGCUGUAAAUCAGGAUAAGAAAAACAUCUUGUUCUCUGGUACCAACGUCGCCGCUGGCAAGGCCCGUGGUAUCGUCAUUGGAACCGGCUUGAGCACGGCCAUUGGUAAGAUCCGCACAGAGAUGUCGGAGACCGAGGAGAUCAAGACGCCGUUGCAACAGAAAUUGGACGAAUUCGGUGAACAACUGUCGAAAGUGAUUUCCGUGAUCUGCGUCGCCGUAUGGGCCAUCAACAUCGGCCACUUCAACGAUCCGGCUCACGGUGGAUCCUGGAUCAAGGGCGCUAUUUACUAUUUCAAGAUCGCCGUCGCUCUUGCCGUAGCCGCUAUUCCCGAAGGUCUGCCCGCUGUAAUUACGACUUGCUUGGCUUUGGGCACCAGGCGUAUGGCCAAGAAGAACGCCAUUGUACGAUCGUUGCCGUCUGUCGAGACUCUGGGUUGCACGUCUGUCAUCUGCUCUGACAAAACUGGCACUUUGACGACCAACCAGAUGUCCGUUAGCCGAAUGUUCAUCUUCGACAAAAUUGAAGGUAACGACAGCAGUUUCCACGAAUUCGAGAUCACCGGAUCGACUUACGAACCCAUUGGUGAGGUUUUCCUGAGGGGACAAAAGAUCAAAGGACAGGAUUACGAGACGUUGCACGAGAUUGGCACCAUUUGCAUCAUGUGUAACGAUUCCGCUAUCGAUUUUAACGAAUUCAAACAGGCAUUUGAGAAGGUUGGCGAAGCUACGGAAACUGCCUUGAUUGUUCUCGCUGAGAAGAUCAACCCGUUCGGUGUCUCAAAAUCUGGUCUAGAUCGUCGAGCUGGCGCUAUUGUCGUCAGGCAAGAUAUGGAGACGAAGUGGAAGAAGGAAUUCACGCUGGAAUUCUCUCGCGAUCGCAAGUCCAUGUCGUCGUAUUGUGUGCCUCUGAAGCCGACGAAGCUGGGAACCGGACCGAAGCUGUUCGUCAAGGGUGCGCCCGAGGGUGUAUUGGAUAGAUGCACGCACUGUCGCGUCGGCGGUCAGAAAGUUCCUCUUACGUCGACCCUGAAGAACCGCAUCCUUGACUUGACUCGGCAAUACGGAACCGGUAGGGAUACUCUGCGCUGCCUCGCUCUGGCCACUGGUGAUCAUCCGAUGAGACCCGAUGAUAUGGAUCUCGGCGAUUCUACCAAAUUCUACACAUACGAAAAGGAUCUCACAUUUGUCGGUGUGGUAGGCAUGCUUGAUCCACCUCGUAAGGAGGUGUUCGACUCAAUCGUCAGGUGCCGUGCUGCUGGUAUCCGUGUCAUCGUCAUUACCGGCGACAACAAAGCCACCGCUGAAGCUAUCUGCCGACGUAUCGGAGUCUUUGGAGAAGAUGAGGACACUACUGGCAAAUCGUAUUCUGGACGCGAAUUUGAUGAUUUGCCUCCGUCGGAGCAGAAGGCGGCUUGCGCCAGAGCUCGUCUCUUCUCUCGUGUAGAACCGGCUCACAAAUCAAAGAUUGUGGAGUUUUUGCAAAGCAUGAACGAGAUCUCUGCUAUGACAGGUGAUGGUGUGAACGACGCUCCUGCUUUGAAGAAAGCCGAGAUCGGUAUUGCUAUGGGUUCUGGAACUGCAGUCGCGAAGUCGGCUUCUGAGAUGGUGUUGGCAGACGACAACUUUUCCUCCAUCGUAGCCGCUGUUGAAGAAGGUCGUGCCAUCUACAAUAACAUGAAACAAUUCAUUCGUUAUCUCAUUUCUUCCAACAUUGGCGAGGUCGUCAGUAUAUUCUUGACUGCCGCUCUUGGUCUUCCUGAAGCUCUGAUUCCGGUCCAACUUCUGUGGGUCAACUUGGUCACUGAUGGUCUUCCAGCCACCGCUCUUGGCUUCAAUCCACCCGAUUUGGACAUUAUGAGCAAGCCUCCUCGCAAGUCUGACGAAUCUUUGAUCUCUGGAUGGCUAUUUUUCCGCUACUUGGCUAUCGGUGGAUACGUAGGCGCUGCCACUGUCGGCUCGGCUGCUUGGUGGUUCAUGUACAGUCCGAAUGGACCUCAAAUGAACUACUACCAAGUGACUCAUCAUUUGUCGUGUCUUGGUGGCGGAGAGGAAUUCAAGGGCAUUAAUUGCAAAAUCUUCUCUGAUCCUCAUCCCAUGACUAUGGCUCUCUCUGUACUGGUCACUAUUGAAAUGUUAAACGCCAUGAACAGCUUGUCUGAGAAUCAGUCUCUCAUCACCAUGCCACCUUGGUCCAACUUGUGGCUCAUCGCUUCCAUGGCUCUUUCUUUCACACUCCAUUUCGUCAUCUUGUACAUCGAUGUUCUUUCGUCCGUGUUUCAAGUGACCCCGCUAACGGCUGAAGAAUGGGUUACUGUUAUGAAGUUCUCCAUUCCAGUGGUACUUCUCGACGAAACCUUGAAGUUCAUUGCCAGAAAGAUCACAGACGUGGCACCGCCAGUGACGCCAGUGAAAUAAAAGAUCAGAGGGGCUUAGGGCGAAUGCGAGAGACACCUAAUCGGCCGCAGCCGAGAAAUCGGCAACUCAGCACUCACACUACACUCACGAGCUGCUCGAAGAGACCGGAAGACGUCUUAUAACAGAAAAACAAACCCAUCCCACCCAAAUGCGCAACUAAAGUAUCCCCUCACAUCACGAUAAGCAUCAAUCGAUCUAUCCAUCAUCACACACGUACACGUUGCGCUUGGCACGUGCACGUUCUGUGCGCGGCGAUCGACGUAUACGAGAUCGAUCACCCGCAAGGAAAAAAAACAGAAAAACAAAAAAAAAACAGAGAACGAAUGUACGAGUAGUCUAUUGGUGAUUAGAGUAAUUGACACAUUACUGAUUUAUUACUGUUGUACGCGCCGGUAGUUUCUUAACGUUAUGAUAUUGUGAUGAUAAGGCAACUUUAAGGAUAUAUCGAUUCUACUUGAAUUGCGUCGAAAGCUGCUUUUUGUUUCGCGUGUCUCCGCUAACGAAACGAACGUUAAUUGUAAUUAGCAAUAUGUUCACAUUCAAAAAUACUCUUUUACAAAAAAAGAAAUUUAUAUUUGUGUGUGAGUUUAAUGCACAUCCCCCGAUAAAUCAGUAUCAUUCUAUAAAAUCAUGUACGUUAUAUAAUCGAUCUCGUUCCUUUAACGUAAAGAGUCCGUACAUUCGUUCGAGCAAAGCGCACCCAUCCAACCCAAUUAAUCCGAGAGGACCGAUCGUUUCAGACCGACGUAGUCGAGUUUGGAAAAGGCCCGAAGGUAGUGUUCGCUCGAACGCUCGAGCUUUUAAACAGCCGGUCGCUGUGAAACCUUUUCGUCUUUUAGUUCGACACCCCAGAUCUCCGGCGCGCUUUAAUCGCUCUUGGUGUGUGUUAUGUUGCAGUAAAUGAAGUGGUCGUCGACAAGUGGCAGUCAAAUUGAAUGGGUUCGUCGCGAGGCACAGAUCUUUACGCACUUCGCCGCCGAGCGCGCAAAAAGCUCAACCCGAUAAACCACAUACAAAAUAAAAUAAAAAAAUAAAAAAAAUAAAAAAAUUUACCAAAGCACAGACGAACGAACGAAAGCGUGAAUUAAAUCGGCGCGCUUGCGCACAAGCAUCGCAGAGUAACAGAACGCUACAAUAACAGCAGAAAAAACAGCAGCAGCAACAGUAGCAGCAGUUAGCAAGCAACGCUCUCGAAUAUAACCAACCUUACUAGGCUAACUACUACCCAAGUCGAACCCGCAGUUUCGGAAACUUCUUCGAUUCGCCAGCUAUAACAUGCGCUGCAACCACCUUGCCGCUGUCGCCGCUUCCUUUCUUCCCUCCCGGUCUUCUCUUCUUCCUGUCUCCGCAAAUGCGCGAGGAAUCGUUCGAGUCGAGGUCGUCGUCUGUCGAAACGACGAAAGCGAAGCGAACGAGCAGAGCUUUGGGAGAAAACUUUUUCAUCUUCCGGUGGCCACACUAACGUUCUUAACUCAACGACUGUGCCUUCUUAGAUCCGGUUGCGUCGACCGGUCGGUUAACGCUAAUCUUUUUUUUUUUUUUUUCGGCUAUCUUUCUCGUCCAUACGGGGUGUUAAGAAAAACGCGAAGACUGUUGUGAGAACCGUUGCACUCGCGAAAUCAAAUAGCAAAAUCGCAAAAAAAAAACGUGGCGGUACAAACUUUUUACGAGCUACAAUCAUUUUUAACACGAACGUUUUUAUAUUUUCUACAAGAAAUUGAAUAUUUUGAUCAAAAUCUAUGUUGUUUCGCAUGAACGACACGUUUUCACGCGUUUUUUAUUUAACACCUUGUAUCGAUGGAAUUUUAGUACGAGAUUAGCUAUAAAAAAAAAAAAAAGAAAACAAAACAAAAUCAAACUGCGUUGAUGCAGCUCAGUUUUAGGUUUUUCUUUAAUCGAGGAACGAUGCUGCUGAAUGUAGAUCGCGAGAAGGUGAAAGAGCGCUUGCCUUUUUUAACUUCCUUAAAACAAUCUUUUUUUAACACUCAGUUUGUUGACUCUCCCGCGGUUAACGCAUCAGUAUAACGUAACGGUCGCGUAACUCUUCUCUAUCCAAGUAACCGUUGAUUAAUUACGCUUCAAAAAGAGUCUGCGCUCACGACGACGAUCUUUUCCAAAAGUUUAAGCGAGGUCCGAAAAGUAAGAUUAUAUAUUCCGACGCGCGAGGAAAUGAGUUGAUCUUCUUAUUUUCUCUCUCUCUCUCUCUCUUUGUUUAAGUUCAUUCUCAUCUCUCUCUUUUUCUUUCCCGUCUAUCUUUGCUAUUUUUCUUCCUCCUUUUGUAUCGCUUUAUCGAUUUUGACACUCUGUUUUUUUCUUUUUUUUUUCCAUUUUCUUCUCCUGUCCCGUUGUUGUUUUCUUUCUUUUCCGUUCUAUUUUCUUUGCAAUAUGAAGAUUCCGCCGAGCAACAUCUUCCUCUAACAGACUCGACGGCUGUGCUCUCGGAUGUAUGAAAGAAAAAGGCAACAAUCUCCAUUUUCGAUCUGCUAACACGUACAAGGGGAGGUAGGGACAGCUAAGUCCUUUCCCUCUCACAUGAGUUGAAAAAUACACGAUGUUAUUUCUACGUUUGUCGUGUGUUUGUUGAUCUAUUAUUCAUGACACUCUCUGAUACGCGGUUAGGCCAAUUUCCGCACGAUAAUGAAGAUUGCCGCCUUCGAGAGAGUCUCUCUUCCUGUCUUCCGCGAGAGAAGAGAUCAUCGGAAGACCCCCCCCCCUUCGGUUUGAAACGACACAAACGCGACCCUUCUAUCAGGACUUUUUUCCCUCAAGUUUCCGGAAGACGUCAUAUCCCGCCCGUUCUCAAUGAACGCGAAGAUUAGGUGCUCCAAGUUUUCCCGCCAGCCACGAACGACGGAAUCCUCCGUAGCUUGAAACGUUCGGUUCGACGAGAAAAAGACCGUCACCCGUACCUGGAACGCUCAAUGAUGCCACAGUCCGUCCGCGCGCGCGCUCGCGUUUAUCCAGCGGACAAAUCGCGAGAAAAACAAAUAAAAAAAAGAAGAAAGAGUAAGACAUAGUGAGAGAGAGAGAGAGAGAGAGAGAACACUCUCGACGAGAUGAUGUUCGACGCUGAAGAGAGAGAUAAAGGGAGUGUGUGCGUCUCGAAUCUUAUCGCGUGAAAACGCGAACGAAGAACGAGGGACAACCUCGCACCACAUUUUGAAAAAUCUCCCGAGGAUUCUUGCGACUCGUUGCAACAUAUGGCGACUUGCACGUGAAGCUGCACAGCCGUCGGAGUCGUAUAGCGACUCGGAUGACGGACGAAGAAGAAGGUCGACCCGAUGAAGAGUCGUUCGGCUUCUCGGGACGAAUUGACGACGAGGAGGAGGAGGAGGAGGAAAAGGAGGAAGUCGAGCGGUGAACUCUGCGGGAACGAACGACGAGCAGUUUCGAGCAGCGACGUAACUUUCGCAACCGGAGGCUGCCGUGUUGAAAAGGGCGUUUCACGCUAAGUAAAUCGUCAACCUGACGUUUCUUUCGCACGAGCCGCGUAACGCGACUUUUUAGAAACACCUUCCUAAAAUGUAUCAUCUGCGGGAAAACAGUUGAAGCUAAAAAAAAAAAAAAAAAAAAUUUAUAUAAACCGUAGGAUUGUGUUCAAAGAGUCGAAAGUGUCUCGUGCGAGAAGAAGAAAAGAGCGGAGCGAGGGGUUCGUCGCCGGGGAGUCCGGUAUAAUCUCGCGAGAGUUAAUUAAUUGUAAAUAUCCGUCGCGCAUGCGGCGAUAUAUAUAAAACAGAGAGAUGUCAUAAAUAGUUAUAUAUAUACAUUAUAUAUAUAUAUAUUUUUUUUUUUCGCGUAAGAAGAAAAGCGCACAGAUGGACGCGUCGUCGCUGCGGACGAUAAUAAAUUAUUGUUAUUGAUAAUAUACUAUUACUAUUAUGACAAUUAUUAUUAUUAUUGAUUAUUAUUGUCAUCGCUACUAUUGUUAGUACUUAUUGUUAUCAGUAAAAACAAUCGCGCGUCACCGAUCGGGUGACAUGUAUUGUAUAAAUAUAUUGUCGUUGCGCGCGGAAAUCCCCUUCGUGAGCGCCAAGCUUCGAGCGAGAAGGAUUUGACCUGCCGAGGCUCGUGGUUUAAUGUCGGGAAUUUUCUUCUUUUUCUUAUUUAUCUCAAUUGAUCGUUGUUCGUGAUAACAAUAGAGGCGGAAUUAUCCACCUCGCGACGAUUCUGAUUGUUAACUUGAAGAAGAGAGAAAGAGACACAGAGCCGCGUCUCCGCUCGCUUCGUUGAUCGCGACCUCUCUUCGGUUGUUUUUUUUUUUUCUCGACCAAGACCGACGGGAGUUCUCGUUAUACGGCGGUAAAGAAUAAUUAAUGUACAACCGCUGUGUGGACGACUGAGUACAUUGCGAGCGUAGUCUCUCGCGUUUCUCGCGAAAAAAAAAAUCUCAUUAUCCGGGCCUUUCACGCGCGCCGCGAAACGGAUGUGCUACAUAUAUAUAUAUAUAUAUGUAUAUAUAUAUAUAUAUAUAUAGAACGUCAUUCUCGAUAUCACGAGCGUGUUAAACUUGUCAUGUUUGGAAACGAAAAAGAACGCGUUGUCGGAAGAAAACGGAGAUGGCGUCAUCGAAACGCGCGUUGGCUACUUUCUCGCUACAGUUUUGCUCCUGUUAUUAUCGUGUGCUGAUAUCUCUAGCGAUGUACAUCCCGCGCUCCUGAACUUUUCUAUUUCGUUUUGCCCCUUCUAGAAUGAGAGUAUUCUCUACCUCUCUCCAUCUUUCUCUCUCUCUCUCUCUCUCUCUCUCUCUCUCAUCCUUAUACAUCCUUGUACCGUUUUUCUUCGUUCUCGUCGCAGUUUCACAUUCGUCACAUCGCCGACCAUCGUCUCUCUCUCUGUCUCUCGUAGUCCUGUACUAAAUACACAACUAGCGAUUAAUUAAGAGUUAACGAUCCGCGACGCGAAGUUUGAGGAAUCGUCGCCGAGCUGCGAGAUUUCUUUGUCGACUUUUUAAACUCUCGCCGUGAAAAAGUAAGAUAAGUCAGAAACAACGAGCGACGGGUUUUAUUUUGGGAAACCGUUGCCGUUUCACGUCGGACAAACGACAAAUGUGUGUGUGUGUGAGAGAGUGUGUGUAUAUAUAUAUAUGUAUAUCAUUAUGUACAUUAUAUCUGUUAUAUAUAUUAUGUACAUACGUAUAUGUAUAUACAUCAGAAGAGGGCACAUCAUCUCAUGUGCUCGAAAAAGAAAAUUGCUCCGUAUCACACAUCGCCCGCGUCAUCCUAAUCGGUGAUACGUACGCAUACGUGCGCAUUGGUGGGGUGAUAAUUGAUCGGAUUCAAUGCGCGCGUAAAUUGCGUACGUUUCUCAAUCGUCCAUCCUGUAAUUAAAGUUUCGUCAUUUUUAAUGUAUGUUACUUAUAUCGUGGAGUGUAAUAUUCGUACUUGUAUAAAUAAUAAAAGGCAAUUGCCCGCGUUGACGCUCCAAUCGUUCUCGCUCGAAUCGUCCACGUUGGAGCAUACUUUUAAGAACGAAUUUCAUUAUUUUCUUCGAAAACGGUGAAACAAACCUUGCAUAUUUCUAAUGUACACCGACAGCUCUGUACGAAUAAAGGUUUGGAAAUAA